AUGAUCGAGGCGACCGACCACUACCUGCGCGUGCCCACGACCAUCGAGCCCGACUUCGCGGACCGAACGGUUCGCGCCAAGUGGCGGAGUCUCCACAAGAACUGCAAACUCAUCGCCAUCUACGGCUUCCUGUUCCACGCGGGCUGGUCCACCUGGGAACGCAACGUCUUCCCCGUCUUCCUCGACGAGUCCAUGGGCCGCCGAUCCGUCGGCUUCGUGCAGUCGCUCCAGGGCCUCGUCGCGCUCGCGGCCGCGCCGGCCUUCGGGACCUGGUUCGACCGCUCCGAGUACAUCCCCGUGCGCUUCGCGGACGGCUUCGGCCUCAAACCGACGACGCUCACGGCCGUCGUCCUCGCCGCGCAGGUCCUGAGCGUCGGCGCGCCCCUCGCCUGCGACGCGCUCGCGCGCGCCGUCGGCCGCGCGCCGACGAUGGUCCUCGUGCGACUCAUCGAGCCCGCGGCGCUCGCGGCGCUCGCGCUGAGCGGCGACGUCCGCGUCUCCGGCGGCGCCUUCCUCUGCUACCUCGGCGUCCCCGUCGGCACGCGCGCCAUCGAGAAGGCCGUCCUCAUGGACCACACGGCGAAGAAGAGCCGCGGCCGCUGGAACGCCGUCGAGUCCGUGAACCGGGGCACCUGGGCGGGGUCCGCGGCCAUCGGCGCGUUCCUCGUCCACGACUACGGCUACGGCGCCGCCUUCCUCGUCUCCGCGGCCUUCACGGGGGCGAGCGUCGUCGUGCUCUCGGGGCUGCUCGUCGCGCUCCGGGGGGAGCGCGCGUAG